GUGGAGGAAAAACCCUCCGGGCAGAGAAGGCGAUUCAUCGCGUGGCCAAGAGAAAAGAAUGACAAGGAUGAUUACGAAGCUGAUGUUCCUCUAGGACACAUUUCCCGGUACCUGGAUGCAGUUUACGACGAAACUGCAACUUUAUUUGAUUUAAAGGCAUCAUUUUUCCAGGUAGCUCUACCGGUUAACAUACGCGCAAGUUUCCGUUGCCGCACGGAAUCAGGGGAACUCGUUGAGUUCACUCGCCUUCCCAUGGGUUAUAAAUGCAGUCCGGAGAUAUUAAAUACCAUCACAAGGGUUCUAGCAGGUGAUCCGGAACUCGUAUUGCCACAGUACGCUGCACCAGAAGGUUUACACAUACAUGUUUGGAUUGAUAACAUCCGAAUAAGUGGUCCACACGAAAAGGUGGAAGCUUGGGGAAAGCAAAUCUUGCACAACAUGCAACGUGGCGGUGCCACCAUAGGGGACCGAAAGCUCAAUACAAAGGAAUAUGAUUUUAUAGGAGUACAUUUCAAUCACAAAGAUCACACGGUCUCUUUAAGUGACAAAACAAUAAAGAGGUUGCGACAGGCACCUUCUCUCGAUAAUACGACGGUUGAAGAAUUGGAGAGUACGGUUUCGCGUAUGAUGUACGCAGGAGGGGUAAGGGGUGAAUCCCUUUUCCCUUAUUAUUUUUUCUUAAAGAUAGUACGCCGACGGUUGUCACGAUUAAAUCGAGGUUUAAUAAGGCCACAAGACAAGGCAAAUUUAUCCUCAACGGCAAAGGACAUCGGACACAGUUGGCUCCAAACAUUAAUAACGAAUGAGCCGGUUCAUCCUCCUCAGCAGUUGCCUUCCACGGCAACACUCGUCACAGACGCCUCCAUGUACGGAUGGGGAGCGCUGUUAUUCAAAGAUUCAGGGGAGGUUUUGGCCGCGGGUGGUGCGUGGGAACGCACACCUCAUAUGAUAUCGCAAGCGGAGGCACGUGCCGUUCAUCUCGCUUUACGAGGGUUUAAGACACAUUUACAUGGCCCCGUUGAU